CGCGAGCGGGAGAUUUUGGCGGGCUCGGGAAGAUGGAGGCGCGGGAGGUGUCUUUUAGCUCCUCUGUGCUGAGUGCUGCCGUUGUUACUAAGUGGGAGAGCGAUCAUCUCUGGCUCUGCUUGCUGGCCUUGGGCUUCGACCCGAAACGGCACCAUGGCGUCAGACUAGGGAGGGAUAUGUUUGCUAAACCGAACAGCAAAGCGCUUUCUGUUGUUGCCUACUUCUUGUUUACUAAGCUGGAUAAGCACCGUGCAAGACAAACUUUCAAGCAAUUUGGAUUCACAAAACUAUCAAGUCCUGGAUUUAGGAAGCACUGCUGUCUGUGGCUAAGAGAAAUUUCACAGCAGAAGAAAGUAGGUUUUCCACGAAUUACACCUUCUGCACUGAUUUCUCCUGGUGGUGCUAAAAUUGUUCACAUGUUCUACCAUUUUGCAAGAUACGUAGUGAUUGAGAACAUGAAAAAGCUCUCUGUAGGCACUGGUAUACCUUUUGCUGAAGCUGUAAUGUGGAGACCUCAGGAUAUGUACAUGGCAAAAGCAAGACACAGAGUUGCAUACAAUAAACUGCUGCAAAUUCUUCAAAGGGAAGACUUUGUUUUUCAAGAAUAUAGGGGAAAAGCACAGGUUUUAAUUGGAGAAAUAAAGCGGACAAAGUCUGAAUAUGCAGUUGUGCGGAAUAAGUUUUGCAGGAAGAAACAAAAUGACCAAAACAAAAAUGACACAAAUGAGAGAAUCCAAAAGGUCCGCAGUAUGUGGACACUUAUAGUGGAAAUGCUUACAUCUCUGAAAAAGGAAAAGGAAGUUGUGGAUUCUGUACUUGAAGACUGUGUUAACCCAUGUAUUUUAGAUGGAGCUGAUGUUGUUUUGAGUGUUCCAGGGUUGUUAACUUACAGAAUUGAAAGUAACGUACAUGGAUUUGCUACAGGAAAUUUAUAUGAAGAUGGAAAUUUGAAUUUCCUAACAGUUAUUCAAUUGCUAAAUGAAGCCCUGAUGAUACUGAGCAAUGAAUGUUGUCCUUGUGAAUUAAAAGAACUUCACAGAGUUGAGGACAUAGUUACAUCCUACAAGAAUGCACUACAGGAGUUGAACACAAAAAGUUUAAGAAGAAAGCAAGAGCAUUGUGAGCCAAAGUGUCAGUCUAUUCCCAGAAAACAGGAAAUCUGGGAAUCGAAGUGGAAAACGAUUCUUGGCCAUUGUCCUUUUAAUUUAAUCUUGAAAGAUGAUCUACAACGAGCUUCAUCAUUUCAAUCUUUUAGUUCUUCAGACGAAGAUGAAGAUAGUAUCUUUUAUCAGUUGUUUUCAGAUAAUUAUGACUAUCAUCAUGAAGAAUGCCAUGAGAAAAGUGAUGGGGCUUUGGAAAACAUGACUGGUACAACAUUAGUACCCUCAAUAUGUAACUUCAUGCAGCAUGGAGACUUGUCUGCUUCUGAGGCUACAGACAGGAGCUCAUUGGUGCCGUCGUCGUCAGAAGCAUCUGAAAAUGGAGACCUGUUAAUUGAAAAUAACUUGAAUACUUGCAUGGGAGAUAAAAAACUUGUGCCUCAAAAAAAUUUAAAAAAUGGAAAGGAAGAGUUCCCUACCUCAGAAGUGGAGGAGAAUGCAGAUGAAAAUGUCACCCAGCCAAAGUCUCCUGUGAAAAAAGAUGACCUUGAGAAAGCCAUAGAUGAACUGGCAGAAGAGAUUGCAAAGUUGGUGAUGUCUGAGUCGCCUCACAGUGGUGAAAAAGGAAUGGCAUUAGAUGAUCUCAUUAGCUCACUGUCUUUCAAUCCAUUUUUAACAAGGAAACAAAUGCCCCGAACUCCAGAAAAUCUGCUUACUGAAAUUAGAAGUUCGUGGAGAAAAGCUAUUCAGACUGAGGACUCAUUAGACCUAGAGCAGUCCUCAACUGAAGUGGUGACAAAAGAAUCUUCAAUGAAUGCUACACCCAGUAUCCAGGAGGAGGUGGACUCUACCUUUGGGUGCUCUGAACCUGUGUCUUCUGUAUGUGACUUGGGUCCUCCUGUAUCAGAAAAGAAGUCUCAAUUAAAUUCUACAGAGUCUAGUUCUCAGGAGCAGGUGAGUGUAAGUCAUAGAUUUGAAUCUUCAGAUUCAAAAACAUCUGGAAUUCAAGAAACUGCGGGAACUGAAUCAGAGGAACUAGAUUGUUCUGCUUUGAGUGGAAGUUCUGUAAAAGAUCUAAGCCAGAAUUUGCAAAAUGUAGAGAAGAGCAUGAAUAUUCCAGAUACUUUGAAAAGUGAUAGUAGAGCAAAUACAGGGCCUUCAGACCACUGUCGCAGUUUUCUAAGGGAUGAGAUGCUGUGCUGGAAUGUAUCUGUGUUAAAUUCUGUCUGUCAUGAAACUGCUGAUGUGGGAAUAUUGGAUGAGACACUUCCAGAAUCUGAUAAUAUAGAUCUCAGCAUAUCUGCAGACUUAGACUCCAUUUUUUUUACAAUGGACAGUGAAAAUUUAAUGGAUGGCUCAGAAAAUAAUGAGGAUAUUAAAAAACCAGACCUAGAUAGACAGUCCCUGUCCAACUCACAUGAAGUGCUAAAAAAGACUGCAUCUAAGAGUGAAGAGGAGCUGCAUCAAGCACAUAAUGGGGACAAAUCUCAAAGUUAUAGAGCUAAACAAAGUACGAUAGCAGAAGAAGGAGAGGAAAAUGAGGAUGAUCCUUCCAUGGAUGAAGAAUUUACCAAGAUGUCAUUGCCAAACUCUCCUGAUGAAAGCAAACAUUCCCUGUCAUCUUUGCUGGUAUCCUGUCAACAGAUGGAUGGUACAUGAAGUCCCAUUAGACUUACUACAUAAAUUGAAGGAUAAGAACAGUUGAGUUGGAAGCUGGGCACGAAGGAACCUUCAUCAGGAUGGAAUUUGUAAAGCAGCAGCAUAACCAGAUGUCAUGGUUUGACACUGGCGCAAUGCUAGCGCCUCUGUGAAAAUACACUUGCUCAAAUAAAUGCUGUGAGAUGUUAUCAGGAACAGAGCAGAGCAGGCUCAAACUUAAUUACAAAGGAAAAAAUUUAUUAAACUACUACUACUACUAAAAGACACACACACUAAAUCUAGGAUGAAGACCCUCUAAAACACCCCUCCUCUUCCUAAUUUCUAAAACAACUACUAUGAAACAUUACCUGGGAUUCUUGAUCAAAUUACUAUUUUUAGAUAAUCAAUACUCAGUCUAUCAAGGGAGAGAGGAGUCUGUCUUGCGCCACAGACCCCCCAGGAAACAGUUGUCACCUCCUGUGUUUCCAUGUCACACAUAGCACUGCCCAGAGAAAAUCUGCCAGUGUGACACUCUCCUUUCCAUGUCACAGUGCUCUCACUACCAUGCAUGGACAGACUGCCCAUAGGGCUCCUUUAAGGAUGCUUUGCCAUGGACCAAAAGAGACAACAGUUCAGCUUCUCAUCUUGGGACUACAGUCCCCCCCAUUUUCCCCUGGGGCCAAGGGUCUAGGAAUAGAGAUCAUCUUCUUCAUGAAGACAGAGGGCAUCACCAUUCCCUCCUCAGCUUUCUUCUGUUUUUGUCAUUCCUGUGCUGGUGGUUGCUGAAGUAGGUUUCCUUGGGUCACUACUGUAUCCUUCUAAAAUGCAGUCUCUAUUGCAGGAGAAUUUGGUUCAGUUUAUGGCUAACAAGAAAAGUCUAGCUAAAAGCUACUCUAUCAUCUCUUCCUACUUAAAAAUUUAUUCUUCUAACAUCUCAGGUCUCGGACUGUCUCUGUUUUACUAUAAAUUGAGGAGAAGUAUUAUUUUACAAAGCUUUCAUUUCUUAGGAAAGGGUUAAAAGUUCAGACUCCCUGGAUGGCUGAAAUCUUUGCUUAGCACUCUUGACUUUUACACUGGGCAUCAUCCCCCCCUUUUUUCCUUCUCUUCUGCUGACAAAUUUUCAGGUGCCAUCAGGCUCUCUUUCUCUUUCCCUCUGGGAGGGGGGGACAAAGGCAUCUCCGCUUCUUUCUACCUUUCUGUCCACAGGUUUGGAGCUGGCUUGGUUUCAGACUUUCAGUUUUGUUGGCCUACCUGGACAAGGCUGCAUGGCUUCCCCUCCCCCACCCAGCCUGAGGCUGGGCAGGGAAGAGUCUGCACUCUCUGACGACCAGAGCUAAAAAGAAACAGUUCUCCUGGGAGUUCUUGCUUUUAACUCCCUGUGUUCUCAGAGGCGUGUCUAUGCCUUCAUGGUCACUCUAGAUGUUAAUAUCUAAACUUGACUACUGAUUAGUUUGACUUAACUUCUUGAAAAAAAUUCACUUCUGUGUCAAACUACGACACCAGAGCAGUGCAUUUAUGGUUCACUUGAGUGUGUAGCAUCUUCUCCAAGCAUUUUCUGGAUUGGGAAGUUGCACUCUUUUUGGCAUGCAAGGAGACUGUAUUCCAGUCUCCUUGUGAAAGAGGCCAGCUCUGACUCUUGCCUGCUCUGACUCUGCCAGUUUCAUAUCAUCAUCCACUGUGGCUUUCUAUGUACAGUGCAUCAUUUCAAUACAGAACUAUACUUUCUUCUUUAUGCAUAUUUUGAACAGCAGAUGUUGAGUAAAUGGCAUUACCCUAGAAAAUGGAAAAAAUAAAUGUCAAAGGAGAAAUAGUGAAAUCUGUUAAUUUGCUCCUAAUCCACGUCUCAUACCCCAUCCCAACCCUCAACCCAACAGAUUGAAAUUUUUCUUGGUGCUCUACGUUACAUUGCAUUCAUCUCCCUUACUGAGACUUCUGGUCUAUAUUGCCAUCAAUUCUACCUGUUGAUAGAGGCUGUUCCCUUUUUCUGAACUUCACUGGAGUGCAUAUUUCUUGAGCGAUAUUACCGAAUAAAUGCUUUACACUAAAGUUAAAAAAAAUGUAUUGCUUGUGGUAGUGUUGAUGCUACUUGAUAUUAACAACUGACAUGCACAUUAUGUUGUGAUGUAAAAGUAAUAGGGCCUGUGUUAAGAGGAGAAAGUACAACUCAAGAUUCCAAGAGGUAAAGUUAGUGUUGUAAAAAUACUGACUCCUAGCCUGAUGUGUUUAGAGGCAUUGUUAAAUAAAGUUGUUUUUCUGUU